AUGAUAACGCUUGGAGCAAUCAGUUCAGCACUCUUUUUCUCUUUGUUUUUACAAUUGGGAGUGCACGCUAAAGAUCUUCACCCUCCAGUUGGCCAGGUGUUUUACCUCGCAAAAACUGAUCUGCUUGGCGAAGAGCUGAUCGGUGGUGCACCUGUACUAAUUCUCAACAAAUCACAAGAUUGCUUUGUCUGCAAUAAAAGUGAAAUUAUUGACAACGACUCUACUUACUUCGAAAGCACAGAAGCCUUUUACUCAAGCGUUGCAGAAAACUACAAACUGGGAGCAGAGUUAAAGAAAGAUUUUACUCUUGGCUUUACCUUGGAUCAAACAACAGAAUCGAUUUCUAAAAGUAAUCGCACAGUGAAAGGUUUUACCUUAAACGUGCUAUCGAAAGUUGGUCAUUGUGUUAUUAAGCCUGAAUGCAUCUACGACGAGAGCAGCCAUACAUUAUCUCAACAUUUUAUUUCAGCAUUUGAGAGUUUGCCGCGGAGCGUUGGGCCGCGGGGACGAGGAUAUUACAAUUUCACCGCUUAUGAGAAGUUUUUGAAUGAAUUCGGAUCUAAUGUUGUAACAGGAGUUACAUAUGGAUCUAGAAUGUAUCAGCAUUGCUUCUCUCAAUCUGAGCAGAAUUACGAUGAACGAAACUUCACUGUGAGGGCUUGUGUUGCUUUUACAGGUGGAACAAACAUUACAAAAACAAACAUUUCUACUUGUGCUGGUAUAACCCAAGAAGAAGCGGACGCUAGUUCAUCCCUUGAAGUUACCACACGAUUAAUCAUAAGAGGAGGAACAAAAGAAACAAGAGCGAAACUCUAUGCUGAACGAACGGGCGAGCUUAUAGCCCAAUUUUUGACCGAAGCGAACUGGGAAGAGCCAAUUGGAUAUUCAUUUACUGCAGUGUGGACAUUACUUGGACAAAGGUACAUGGGUACAGAACACUAUGCAAAAGUGAGACAUUUGGAAGGCUAUUACUUGGGAAUGAAGAACUUUGGUUGUCCAUUUAGUAUGCCAAAUGGAUGGGCAAUGCAAGGAUUUUCUACCACGGACUAUUCAACUGACGAUGUACCAUCAUAUAAGUGCUACAUUCCUUAUUCGGGUUGCCAUGACGACUCUGACUGCCAUUAUGGUCCCGGUGUCUAUUGCCAAUGCCACGGCCAGACCUGCUUUAAAGACGAAAUCACCAUCCUUGACACCGGUGAACAGCGAUUGUCUGUAACUACACAAUUGGACGAGGGCUCGAAAUGGCAAGGUUGUGAACUGAGAUUCUUCUCUUGCAGUUGCAUGAAUGGAAAUCGAUUCAAUUGGAGAACCAUCUGGGAGCAAGAUAAAGAUGGAGCAGAUAACGGAAAGAUGCUUCGUGCCAUGCAUAGCAAAAUGCAGUCUGCACACAAAAAUGCAGCCUCCGCCCCUGAAGAAAGCAAGAAUUCAAAGGAAGAACUCUAAAUAAUUUGAGACAGACUUCAAGUCUGUGAUUUAAAACAGCUAGCAUGUACAAUUGUUAAUUAAUGAUAAUGAACAUGGACAGCCCUAAUUUCGAUUAUUUUGCUUGAAAUUAUUCUCGGGGUAUAGCAUUACUCUAGUAUUAAAGGCAAAAUUGUGUCCUUUGAAUACACAUUAAGGUUAUCGUGCGUAGUAAGGGAAGUUCCUUCAACAGGUUUUUUUUUUUGUGCUUCCUUUACCUAAAACGUCGAGCAUCCGUUUACAUGCAGACCUAAAAUAAUUUAUGCGGUUGAUUGUUGCCUCUCUGACCUUAUUAUAAACAAUGCCAGCAGAGAAUGAGAUAAGGAACAAUUCCACUGAAAAAUUUG